AUGUCGCUUUGUUUUGCUUUGCAUUCGGGUUCAUCGGCCUCUAAAUUGGCUCUUAUUCAUGCUCGUGCUCGUAGUCACGUGAUUGUACGAUUGUUUUCCCAAUCUAUUCCAUCUCUAGACAGGAUUAAAGUCACCAGUCCUGUUGUUGAGCUAGACGGUGAUGAGAUGACUAGAAUCAUCUGGAAAAUCAUCAAAAAGAAGUUGAUUUUACCAUAUGUUGAUGUGGAUUUGAAGUACUAUGAUUUGGGCAUUAAAUCUCGUGAUGAUACUAGUGAUCAGAUCACCAUUGAUGCUGCCAAUGCCAUUAAUAAAUAUGGUGUUGGUAUUAAAUGUGCUACCAUUACUCCGGAUGAAGCCCGUGUUAAGGAAUUUGGCCUUAAAAAAAUGUGGAAGUCACCUAAUGGUACCAUUAGAAAUAUCUUGGGUGGUACGGUUUUCCGUGAGCCUAUUGUGAUUGGUUCUGGUCCUGAUAAGCAGCCUGGAGAUGUCGAAAUUCCUAGAUUGGUUCCUGGAUGGACUAAGCCUAUCAUUAUUGGCAGACAUGCCCAUGCCGAUCAGUAUAAGGCUACAGAUUUCUUAGUCCCCGGCGCAGGUAAGUUGGAUAUUACUUUCACCCCUGAAAAUGGAGGUGAAAAGAAGACUUAUCAUGUCUACGAUUAUAAAGGAUCGGGUGUUGCAAUGGCUAUGUACAAUACAGACGAUUCCAUUAGAGGUUUUGCUAAUGCUUCGUUCAAAAUGGCUAUUCAAAGAAACAUGCCAUUGAUUCUCUCCACUAAGAAUACCAUUUUGAAGAAAUACGAUGGUCGCUUCAAAGAUAUUUUCCAAGAAAUCUAUGACACCACUUAUAAAGAAGAGUUUGAAAAAAGAGGGUUGACAUACCAACAUCGGUUAAUCGAUGAUACUGUGGCCCAAAUGAUGAAAUCCCACGGAGGAUUCGUCAUGGCUUUAAAGAAUUACGAUGGAGAUGUUCAGUCAGACAUUGUGGCACAGGGAUUUGGAUCGUUGGGAUUGAUGACGUCUGUUUUAAUGACACCAGAUGGAAAAGCAUUUGAAUCCGAAGCUGCUCAUGGUACGGUCACCAGACAUUACAGACGGUAUCAGAAGGGUGAAGCUACGUCGACCAAUUCGAUUGCCUCAAUUUUUGCAUGGACCCGUGGUUUGGCACAAAGAGGAUAUCUGGAUAAUACUCCUGCAGUUAUUGACUUUGCAACCACUCUAGAAAAAUGCACGCUAGACACUGUGUCCAAGGAUCAUAUAAUGACCAAGGACUUGGCCUUAUUAAUUCACCAAAAGAACUACGCAAGCACUGAGGAAUUUCUAGAUGCAGUUUCUGCCAGAUUGGCAAAGAACGUGAAGACUUGA